UAACAAAAUGGAUAAUAAACCCAAGGGGUGGCCUGGUCCGCAUCAUGAAAAAACUGAUCAGAUACUGGACAAAAUCGUCACUGGAAAGUCGAUACCGAAAAAUAGCGAGGAGAAGAAGUUAAAAGAACAAUACGGAAAGGAUGGAAUCGAUGAGUAUCUACGUCACAAGGCAAACCCACAUGGGGCAGGGAUUAAUGCGCAGGACGCUGCUCUGUCGCCACAGUUUUUCAGAGAAAAACUACAAAAUUUACGGAGACAACCGAAACACGAAAAGGAGAAAGUUGGAGGAACUAGUCCCAGCGGCUUAGUUAAAACUGAAAGAGUGACGAAACUAAAUGGAAAUUUAACUGAAAUAAAUUCCAGUAAAAAUAUAGCAGACGCUUUCCGGUCCAGAUUGGUCAAGUUAAUAAAACUCGCCAGUGAAAAGGCAAAGCUGAUCGAAAAGCACAAAUCGGAUUCCUCCGAAGAAGAGGGCACGCGUUUAAAAAUGAAUUCGCUGCAGCGGCAACUAGGGAAUGGUGUGCAGCAGAAUUUUGAUGUUCUCUAUAGCGAUUCAAAUGCGUACGAAGAUUCAGACUCGGAAAUCGAUCUCAAAGAAGACGACGAGGAACGAUUGCUGGCAGAGGCCAGAAGUGGCCAGCCGACGGCGGCGGAUUUCAAUCUUUUGGAAAACAUAGAGCAUCUCACGUCUAAAUUUCUUGGGGACAACUGGGAGAAAAUAGGCGAACUUAACAAGGUGUCUGGCGAAGAUGAAUCGGCUAAUGCGAAAUCCCGGGACCUCCAUUACCAGAAACAGCGGGUAAAACGAUCUGGGACAGAAGCGGCGAUGGAGGAUAGACUGAAUGUUAAACCAGAGCCCUCCCCCAAGACACCUCUGCCCCUCUACCUGCAAGACGAAAACAAGGCCAAAGAGUUUUAUGAGAAAUGGCAAAAGUUGAAACCUCAGGCCACAAAACUGGAAUCGGAGAUCAAGAGGGCGGGGGCAAAAUACGCAGAGGUAUCGGAUGACCUUCAGCAGAUCGUGCAGAAGGGUGAUGAGCUGAUGGCCAAGGCGGGGAAAGCCAAAAGUGAUGACAGUGGUCAGAAGUCGAUUGACGGGACCAACUGGGACGCCGCCAAGAAAGAGUUUGAGGUGUUCAAGAAAGAGAUCGUCGCCAAGGAGGACCAGUUCCUGAAAAUCAAAACGCAGGUUGACCCAGAUUUGGCCUCUGAGACGGCGGCCAAGCUCAAGGAAGUCGUGUACAAACUGAAAGAAGCGGCG